AACCCCACUCCCGAAUCUCCACAGGAAGCAUCAUGAGUGCCGCCGGUCCAGGGUCGCCUCGCGCAAGGAAACGGUCGUACUCCGAAACGAAGGAGGAAGAGCGCAACGGCAAUGCGCCAGCAGCUCAAGAUGAAGAUACCUCUUCCGAUGAUGAUGACGACUUCGGACCAGCCCUUCCUUCCGCCGUACCCAGGAAGAAGCGCAGAAAGCUGCCUUACGAGAAGCUCUACAUUGCCGCGCUCCCCAAAGGCACCCGGUACACCAAGUCAUUGAUGCACAGGGAGCAGCUGUGCUUCAACACCUUCACGCCGUUGACCGAUUUCCUGAUUACAACUUCCGUGGACGGAGUCGUUAAGUUUUGGAAGAAGACCAGCGGAGGAAUCGAGUUUGUGAAGGAGUUCCGCGCGCACAAUGGAGAGGUCAAGAGUGUCAGUGUGAGUGCGGAUGGCAGGAGUUUCGCGACGGCUGGAGCAGACAAUAGCGUCAAGAUAUUUGACGUCAUCACGUUCGACUUGCUGGCAAUGUUGUCGUUGGAGGCUACCCCCAAGUGCGUCUGCUGGGUCCACAGCCGGGGCGCCUCUUUGCCUCUGCUGGCUGUGUCGCUGGAAACCGAAAAGUCGAUCCGGAUAUACGAUGGCAGAGGAGAGAACCAACAACCGAUACAUACAAUCAACGGCCUUCACCGCAGCCCGGUUUCCCUAAUGUCCUUCAACAACGAGUACGACUGCGUCGUGUCGUGCGACGAGGGUGGUAUGCUGGAAUACUGGAAACCAAGCGGCAGCUAUGACAAGCCUGACAAUGUUUGGGGUAUGAAGAGCUCUACCAAUCUCUUCGAGUUCAAGAAGGCCAAAUCCGUGCCCAGCUCCAUCACCAUGUCGCCCACGGGACACCAGUUCGCGACUUUCUCGUUUCCGGACCGGAAAGUGCGUGUUUUCGAUUUCGCCACCGGCAAGCUCUACCGCACUUACGACGAGUCAAUCGCGACCAUCACCGACAUGCAGCAGGCUGGCACCGCGCUGCAGAGGUUUGAAGACGUCGAGUUCGGCCGGAGAUUGGCUGUAGAGCGGGAACUCGAGAAUCCAGCAAUACGCAACCGGAUCAAUGUCAUUUUCGACGAGACCGGCAACUUCAUAAUCUAUGGCUCCAUUAUGGGCAGCAAAGUCAUCAACACCUUGACCAACCGGGUUGUCAAGCUCUACGGCAAGGAAGAGCCUUUCAGGGCGCUCAACAUGACACUGUACCAAGGGCAGCCCGAGAAGAAGGGCGUCGUGACUGUAGAGAUGGCUGCGAGUGAAAACCCGUUGCUUCAGGAGGCGGAGCAACGAGAUGCCAUGCUUGUAGCGACGGGAUCGGGUAAAGUGAGGUUUUACAUGUUCACAAACGAACAAGAAUACAACAAGACGGAGCGUGACGUGCAGAAUGAGAAGCCGCGCAACGUCGAUAAGCGUAAGCAGGCCGAAGCCAAGCAGGCAGAAAUGGGCACGUCCGCAAUUAUCCAUACAACUUACGGCGACAUCCAUAUCCGCCUGUUCCCUGAGGCGGCGCCGAAGGCUGUUGAGAACUUUGUCACACACUCGAAGAACGGCUACUACAAUGGCAUCAUCUUCCAUCGUGUAAUACGCAAGUUCAUGAUCCAGACCGGCGAUCCUUUGGGCGAUGGAACGGGUGGCGAGAGCAUCUGGGGUAGGGAGUUUGAGGACGAGUUUUCGACGCUCAAGCACGACAAGCCUUACACAGUCAGCAUGGCGAAUGCGGGACCUGGAACCAAUGGAUCGCAGUUUUUUAUUACGACUGCGAAAACGGAGUGGCUGGACAACAAGCACACGAUAUUCGGGCGUGCGGUGCAAGGUCUAGAUGUCAUCCACGGCAUCGAGAACGCGCGCGUGUACAAGGAGAAGCCGGUAGAAGACAUCAAGAUCGUCAGCAUCACAAUCAGCUAGGCAGCUAGCCAGCUGUUCAGAUAAGCGAAUUGGAAGGGCUGAAACAGGGGCCCGAAAACCCCACGGAACAGAAAGGCAGAGUUUGAU